AUGCUGAGCGGGGGCAUGGGCCAGCAGAGCGACAAGGGCGACGGUGGCGUGGCCUGGCUCGCGCGGCUGCAGGCACCCUGGGGCGUCGCCGUGUCCUCGGCGUUCGUGAGCAACGAGGAUGGCACACUGCCGGUGAACGUCUACAUCACUGAGGCGGCAGGCAUGCAGGUGCGGGCUAUGACGCUGGAGUUCGAGAGCUACCUGGGCGUGAUCAAUACGCUGGCGGGUUCCGGGCAGCGGGGCAACGAGACCAAGGAGGCGGCACCCCUCGAGGCGCCCAACACGCAGCUGAACGAGCCUUCCUCCGUCGCCACAGACGCAGGGCUGGUGUACAUCAGCGACUCCGCGAAUCACCGGAUCUUGAUGACGCCAUCGCUGGAAUAUGUUUCCAUGGGAUGCUGGCGGGAGAACAUCGAGUCGCCCUGGAUCCCUAGUAUCGAAGGUCAGCCGCUGCCCUAUGGCAUCAACUACCUCCAGGGUGUGCCGGAGAAUCGGCCAGAUGCCAUCACCGCGUGCGCGAUGGCCACCCUGCGCUUGGGCUAUGAGCUCUUUGCGAUCCGGCAGAUGGGUGUGUGUGCCACCUCCAAGGACGCCCACUUGUAUUUCAGGUGGGGCAGAGUUGGCUUGGUUCAAGACACUGCUUGGCCGAAGCGACUGUAG